AGUCACAUCAUCCUACCUCGGUGGAUGGCUUGGCCUCUCAAAUAGUUCAAGACUCUUGGAUGACCACACUUUAUGCAAAAUCUGGAAUCUUCCUGCCUGGACUCCUUUCUGGUUUCUAAGGGUUCAUGUUGGGGAGAGGUCUAAAGCGCAAGCUGAGUGACUAUGAGGAGAACAUGGCUGGUCUCUCGAGUGCCUUUGAUUCCAGUCGAAAUCUGCCAUACCCACUUAAGAGGCAGUUGGUGCUUAACAUGUGCCUCACCAAGUUACAGACGUACAAAAUGCUGGUGGAACCGAACUUGCACCGCUCUGUCCUCAUAGCCAACACAGUGCGGCAAAUUCAAGAGGAAAUGAGACAAGAGAGUAACCAGCAGCCAAUUAACGUCUGCCCUGGCAUUGCUCCGAGUUGUCACAGCUACACAGGGAUGGAGACAUCUGGGAUUUCUCUGCAGUUGCCUUCAGGUAUUAGUCAGCAAGAGUCUAACUGUUGCAACUUGCGGUCUGUAGAAGACCCUAUUGAAAACAGCCUGCUGAUAGUCUCAGAUGAUGAUAUGUCAUCUGCUAUUUCAUCUAUUCUGAAGGAUUUAGACUUUGUAGAAGAUAUCAGCCCCCCUACUUGUCUGGUUCCUACUGGAGAUGACCAGCCAAAGUUUCCAGAAAAUACAGGUCUAAAACUAGAAGAUGAUAGACAGGAUUUGAAGGGAGCUGAAUGCGUGUUUGGUUCCUUUGAGAUCUCAAAUUCAACCAGUUACUUGAAGGAUUUGGCAAUAGACGACAUUUUUGAGGAUAUUGACACUUCCAUGUAUGAUUCAGACUUCUGUUGCCCUCCACUAACGCCACCCAGACCACCAUCUCUUGCUACAGAAGAACCAUUGAAAACCUUUCCAUCCUGUAAUUCUUCCUCAGCAAGCAACAUUCAGAUAUGUAGAACAGAUCUGAGUGAAUUGGACCACAUCAUGGAAAUUCUCGUUGGAUCCUGA